UGAGGACUAUCACUCUUGACUAGCUCUUCAACACACAGUGCCGUAGAGAAAGUCUAAACAUGAAUGCUGUGAUGGAUACAUUGCACGGGUUUGGAGUGAGUAGCACCCAAUACCUGCAGACCCAUUACAAAGACGUCCAAGGAUGGUUUCUUUUCGUCUCCUUUGCGGCAGAUCUGAGGAACACCUUCUUCAUCUUCUUUCCCAUCUGGUUCCAUCUGAAAGAAUCAGUCGGGAUCAAGCUCAUCUGGGUGGCUGUGAUAGGAGACUGGCUCAAUCUGGUCUUCAAAUGGAUCCUGUUUGGAGAACGUCCAUACUGGUGGGUCCAUGAGACUUCCUACUACAUCAACAGCUCAACGCCGCAUAUUGAGCAGUAUCCCAUGACCUGUGAGACCGGCCCAGGAAGCCCGUCUGGUCACGCUAUGGGUGCUGCUGGUGUUUACUACACAUUGGUCACCUCAAUCCUCGCCAUAAUGCUGAGCAAAGAGAAGAAAUCCUCACCUAAGAGCCUAUACUUGCGUGGUUCACUUUGGACACUCUUCUGGACGGUCCAGGUCUGUGUUUGUCUCUCUCGGGUCUUCAUCGCCGCUCAUUUCCCCCAUCAAGUUUUCGCAGGAGUUAUUUCAGGUAAACAGCUCAACAAAUCGUCAUUUACUCUUAAAAAAAUAAAGGUUCCUAAAGGGGGUUUUCAUUAAUCAAAGCAUCCUAAAAAUAUACGUAUCAUGGUUU